AAAACAUAAUCCAUCGAGUAUUUUGACGUAACAUAAAAACGCAUAACUUUUUGUCCCAUCACUCAAAUCCCAAUCUUAUCACUGAGAGCAUCCAAAAUCCAAAUAAUUUGGAUGGGUGUUUACUUGUCUCUGUGAGAAAGAACAAAAAUGGGAAUGUGCUAAUCUUCUUGAAUCGGCGGACGGAAAGAGUAUAGUGAUUGAUCAUUCAAAGCUAUAAAACUAGUGAAUCAGCAAUAGCUUGAAAGGUUUCCUCAUAUAAUCAAAAAUACUGGUGCAUCAUUAUGGAUGAGAUCGACAAUAUUAUUCUACAUUCACUACGCCAAAUUGAAUGUAACCUCGACGAAGAAGUAACCAGUUUAGGCCACAUCAGUCCGUCGAUGUUGGUACAGAUUGUGUCGAAAUGUAUAUCGCUGAUUGAUCCUAGCUUAGAACUUCCUCAAACGUUACCUCCCGGGAUGGCACAACGCUUUACCGCCACGGCCAGUCUUGCCGAAGCUUGUCGGACCAUCGGUUACCGGCGAGACAUUGGCUAUCAGACAUUCCUGUAUUCCAACGUUGCUGAGGUACGUCGUGUUUUGAUGUUCUUGGUGGAAAAGCUUCCGAAAGAUUCUGCGGACAAGGGAUCGGCAAGCGGUCAACCAUUGGACAGUGCAACCGAGUUGGAGAAUAGGAUUUUGAGCAGUUUACAAAAUCAAUUGCAAGCCCCGUGGAUGCCGGAAUUUUGUCAAAUGGGACCACAGGCUGCUGGCAGCAGUGGGGAGUCUCAAGCUCAAAUAGCAUUUCGUCGGUUCGUGCCCAAGAAGAUCAAUGUUCCGUUCGUGACGCAAAGUGAUGUUGCUGCAGAAGUUAGAGAAUUUUGGUCCAGCAGAAAUUUGAGUGGGUUGGAUGCAGAUAGUCUGGUACCAUCAUUGAUAGUCGCAAACGAUGGCGGAAUCAAAUCAAAUUUAUCAGGUGCCAUUGAUGAAGUGGAUCGGCAACUUAAACUGCCGACAGUGAAUGAUAAAUUAUUAGAAUAUUAUUCCAAAUCUAAACAUCGGAAGGUGGUACCUAGCGAAGCAUCAGGUGGGACGAUUGAGAACGUAGCAUUGGGUACUGUGAUCGCAGAAGCAACACCUGGUAGAAGUCCAUUGGAAUCGCUUCAGCGAGACAUCGAAGCGUUGCAACAGGAAAUCGAACAGAACUCCGAGGAUGGUAAGCGAUUAGAGAAAAGUCGUAAGGAAGUAGAUGCGUCAGCGGAGACAUACAGAAAAGCAAUUAUCAAAUUGAAAGAAGAGAAAAAGAUCAAAGAACGGACCCAUAUUCUACUGGAAGAUCCGGAGGUUAACGUAAAGAAACUAGAAACAAUUAUCGCAGCUGGAGAUGAACGUAUGAAAAAACUUCAGAACCAAUGGGAUACUCAUCGGGUUCCAUUGGUUGAUACUCUGGAUGCAUAUCGACUGAAGAAUUCGGAUAAAUUGUCAAAAUCACAACAAGUGUUGGAGCAAAUAGAAUCAACCCGACAAAAAUGCGAAGAAGUAGUCGUCGAUCUUCAAACGAAGGGUGCAAUGUAUGCCCGUCUCCAGAAAGAAUUCGAAAAGCUAAACAAAACCAUCAACCGGACGGCCUACACCAGCCGAAUCCUGGAGAUCAUUGGAAACAUUCGCAAGCAGAAAAAUGGUAUCGACCAGAUCCUGCAGGACACGCGCUCCCUGCAAAAAGAAAUCAACACAAUUACUGGUCAGCUGGAUCGACAGUUCACCGUGACGGAUGAUUUGAUUUUCCGCAACGCGAAAAAGGAUGAACACUCAAAACGCGCCUACAAACUGCUGGUCACGCUGCACUCCGACUGCGAAGAGCUGAUAAAACUAGUACAGGAAACGGGUGCGAUCAAACGCGAAGUGCGCGAUUUAGAGGAUCAAAUUGAAAACGAGAAGGGUCGGAAUACGGCUGCCAAUCUAGCGCAAAUCACGCACGAUCUCACCGAAAUGCAGAGCGAGAGUCAACGAUUAGAAGAUAACAUACGCCGGAUGGAGGUGGCGAGCAGACAGUAAUCCAAACGUAAAUGUUUUAGAAGGAAAACAUACACAAUAAAUAUAUGUAAUCGAAAGCAUAUUUUAGGACUCUCAACAAAAAAAAGUACGAUACUCAACAUACACUAAAGUGCCCAUUAAAAGCUUUA